CGUCAGUCGCUCGAUAACAGUAGUUCAACUGCAUGUAUGGUAUAAAAAAGAGCAUAUACACAUUUCACAGUUGAUACGACGUUUGAUAUAUUUCCACGUAUUUCGAAACAACUGGACAAGGAGACGACGAAGAGGAAGAAACGGAAGAGAAAGACAAUAAAGAGGAAAAACUUGGAAGAAGAAGUGGACAAAGAAGAAGAAGGAAAAGAAGAAGAAGUGGGAGGAGGAAAUAUAGGAGAAUCGACAAAGUACUGUUAAACAUGUGUAUCUGGUUCCCCUUACCGAUACACGGACAUGAAUUCAAAAUUAAGUGAAACAUGUGAAAAGAACAAGAUUGCAGUGCAUGAUCGUGAUUGGCAAGACUACUAAAUCCAUCUUACCUGCAACAAUCGUUUAACAGAUAAAAAUGGUUUUGCUCUUAUUUACAUCGAUAUUCCUCGGAUUUAUCGCGUUCCUUGUUUGCCUGUGGGUCAUUUGGCGUCCGAGAAACCUUCCCCCGGGGCCAUGGGCGCUGCCUUUGAUUGGAUACCGAUUCAAAGUGGGCCUGAUUCAUGAAACAUACGUGGAACUGGCAAAGAAAUAUGGACCGAUUUUCAGUGUACGACGAGGCCCGCUUCUCUUCGUGGUCUUGAAUAAUAAGGAGAGUGUAAAACAGGCACUGGUGAAGUCAGGAGUGUUCUUCUCAAAUCGAUUCGUACCAGGACCCAUCAAUUGGACCAUACCAGAUGCUAAAAAAGAAGCUUCAAUUGCUUGGGCUGAUGGACAGAAAGGGGAUGACCUACGAAAAUUUUCCGUUUCUGCUCUUCGCUCCUUCGGUUUUGAUAAAAAGAGUCUUGUUCCUCAUAUCAAUCUGGAGGCCCGUUGUCUGGCGGAAGAAAUCAGGAGUCAUCGUGGUCAGCCAUUCGAUCCUUCAGAUCUCUUAAACAAAGCAAGUGGUAACCUAAUGAUGCAACUUAUCUUUGGUCGUCGAUAUGGCUACGAAGACGUCGAUUUCAUUGGAAUUCUUCGCGUGAUGAAGGACAUUUUUGUUUUCAUCGCCGACAAUGACCCUGUAAAUGUGUUCGAACCGCUCAUUCAUACCCCGUGGUAUAAACCCUACCGCGAAAUGUUUUACAAGGAAAUGGAUUUUGCUCGGAAUCAUAUCAUCGCUCACCGGGAAACUUUCCAAAAAGAUGCCAUCAGGGAUUUUGUAGAUGCGUUGCUAGCAGACGACAUCUCCAACAACUACACCUUGGAUGAUAUGGCGAGGAUUGUGCUGGACCUUUUAACCGCUGGUACAGAUACUACGGCGGUGACUACUUCUUGGGGGAUACUUUAUCUAGCAUCGCAUCCUGAUGUACAAAAGAAGGUGCAAGAGGAGUUGGACGCAAUUAUCGGGCAUGGCCGCCAACCAAAUAUUGAUGACCGCGCCAAUCUUCCAUACUGUGACGCAACUCUGAUGGAGAUCAUGCGAAUCCGCCCAGUUGGGCCGAUCGCCCUGCCGCACAUGACGUCAGCAGAUGUUACUCUUGGAUCUUACAACAUUCCUAAGGGGACCAUCGUUAUCCCUAACCUGUGGGCUGUCCAUCAUGAUCCUAAAGACUGGUGUGAUCCACAUGUAUUCAACCCUGAUAGAUUUCUGAGUGCCGAUGGUCAGACGGUCGUCAAGAAUGAGGCUUGGAUGCCAUUCAGCACAGGUCGCCGUGAAUGUCUUGGUAGUCAGCUUGCUAAGAUGGAGACAUUUCUACUCUUCACCAACCUCUUCCAGCAGUUCGAAUUCAAACUUCCUCCUGAUCAACCAACCCACCAUAUGCGAGGACAGCCUGGAAUUACAAUGCCACCAGAAAGCUUUAAGAUCUGUGCCUCUGAACGAUGAAUGUAAUGGAUUUAUCAGAGACUCUUAAGUUUAGUUUAUGUUCAUCAGAGUUGUCCAAUUUGUAGAGAAAAUGUAUAUUAUCAGUGGUCUUUAACUUUGUUUUCUCGCUGGUAGAAAUUAAAUUGCGUCAGACGGUAAACAACCUGGACUUGCUGAAAAGCAGUUUCUUAUGACUGAAUGUAAGUUUUACUAUGAUUAAAUAAGUACAAUAUUAUACAAGAAGGCUACAAAAUAGAUUUGAUUUGGAGCGAUAAAUAAGAAAGACAUGCUAAUAAAUCAGAUUGCUAUAAAAUAUUUUAUCGAGCAAAAUAUAGGUAUGGAAGCUAGUAAAUUUGAGAAUAGUUUGUAUAAAGUAUUGAAGUGGGAAAUCAUUUUUAUAUCUUCCAGUCACAAAACGAAAACAAAAUCUAAACAUGAUUGUAUUAUACUUAUACUGAAAGAUAUUGAAAAACUUUUAAGACCUUUUUUACAGAUGACCCAGGUGACUGUUUUACGAAGGAACAAUUGUCACAUGAACAAUCAGAUUCUCCAUGAGUAACAUCCACGGGGAAAUAUUGACCCCCAAUAGAGCUCCUUGCAUAUCUGAGGGGAGGGGGAAUUAUUUAAACAUGGGAAAAUAAAUUUCGAUUGAAACACAUAAAAAGAAAAUAAAGAAAGAUGAAAUAACUACCACUGACCUGCAAGAUAUAUUUCAGAUUUUUUAUUUUAUGUUUACUAAACUCUGUACAAAGGGCGUCAAAUAAUUUUCAAAGCAAAUUAUGCUUUAUCGGUUUGAUGCCAGCAUAUUUACAAUACAUUACCAAUUUACCUGCUGUGUAGGCAGAAAGGUACAAGAUAUACAAAUCAUGUAAGAGAUAACAAAUGUGGAAAUACGAGAGAAAUACAUAAUUCAACGAAAGAACAAAACAGAAAAAUUGUAAAACUGAUAAGGGGUGUACAUGCACUUGAAGAGAGACUUUAAGUAAAUAGUAAUUAAUUAAUAUGUUAUAAAGCCUACUAAGGGUAAACAGUCACAAGAGGAUUUUGUGGAUUUGUAGGCAAGGCCAGGUAUGUAAAAAUAAAGUUUUUAUUUUGAAAUCAUGGAAUAAUAAAACCAUGUAUAACAUAGAUAAUUUAGGAAUAGAUGGUGUUUGGAGAAUAAUAAGUAUAAAUGAUUAAUAUACUUCAUUAUUUGGAAAUACAUACUCAGAGAAUAUUUAGCGAAGUUAUAUGAACGGUUUAUUGAAAAAACGAGUGUACCCAUGUAAUUAUGUAUUAUAUAAUUAUAAUCAUGCAUUUGGCUUGUAUAUACCAAAACACCAGUACAAAAAUAGUCUAUAUCUGUUAAAGUUGAUGAGAUAUUUUGGGAUGAUAUACAUCAUUAUGAAGGAGCUCAUUCAUUAAGUAUGUAAUGGCUAAUUUACAUGGGAGUCAUGGAUUUCCAAGAAAAUAUAUAUGUUAAUAAUAAUAUUUACCACUUAGAGAUUCAUUUAACUUAUAUUUUGAAUAAAUUUUUAUAAUGUAUUUGACUCCAUUUAAUUUAAUUUUAUUAAUAUCUGUUUAAAUAAACCCCUCAAAACAAGUUUGGAAAUCUGUGUUUGGCCAUUAAUCUCUCCCAACUCCCAAUUCUACACAAUGCAUAUUUGACAUCAUUCAAAAGAUCAUUUAAUUCUCUUUUAAAUGAUACUAUGCUUGUUAUGAUCAUGCCAUCAUGGAAAGAGCAGGAUUCAAAAGUGUUGGAUGAGGUCUGAAUUGAAAAGCUGCAAAACGAGCAAAAAAAGUUUGGAAAUCUGAAUUUGGCCAUUAAUUUCUCCCAACUCCCAAUUUUACACAAUGCAUAUUUAAUAUCAUUCAAAAGAUCAUAUAAUUUUCUUUAAAAUGAUACCAUGCAUGUUAUGAUCAUACCAUCACGAAAAGAGCAUGAUUCAAAAGUGUUGGGUGAGGUCUGAAUUGAAAAGCUGCAAAACGAGCAGAAAUAGUGAUGAAAGGUCAAUACAGAACAUGAUUCUUUUGUCUGUGGCAAUAGAGAUGAAAAUCCAUU